CUUUCCAGCAUGCUGCGGCGGAGCAGCCAGACACUCCGGCGCUUCUCCACCGGCCGGGUUUUUUUCAAAAACAAGCUGAAGUUGGCACUUAUUGGCCAGAGCCUUUUUGGACAGGAAGUCUACAGUCACCUCCGGCAAGAGGGCCACCGAGUAGUGGGGGUGUUCACAGUUCCAGACAAGGAUGGCAAAGCUGAUCCACUGGCUUUGGCUGCAGAGAAAGAUGGGACACCUGUGUUCAAGUUUCCUAGAUGGAGGGUCAAGGGCAAGACCAUCAAGGAGGUGGUGGAGGCCUACAGAUCUGUGGGUGCCGAGCUGAACGUGCUUCCCUUUUGCACGCAGUUCAUCCCCAUGGAUGUCAUUGAUCACCCCAAGCACGGUUCCAUCAUUUACCACCCGUCCAUCCUGCCCAGGCACAGAGGAGCUUCUGCCAUCAACUGGACUCUAAUUAUGGGAGAUAAGAAAGCUGGGUUUUCUGUUUUCUGGGCUGAUGAUGGUUUAGAUACAGGACCCAUCCUCCUUCAGAGAUCAUGUGAUGUUGAACCCAAUGACACAGUGGAUGCACUUUACAAUCGAUUCCUCUUUCCUGAAGGCAUCAAGGCCAUGGUAGAAGCUGUCCAACUCAUAGCAGACGGAAAAGCGCCUCGAGUUCUUCAGCCAAAGGAGGGGGCAACAUAUGAAGGCAUCCAAAAAAAGGAAAAUGCUGAGAUUUCUUGGGAUCAGUCUGCUGAAGUUUUACAUAACUGGAUUCGAGGUCAUGAUAAAGUCCCUGGAGCCUGGUCGGAGAUAAAUGGACAGAUGGUCACUUUCUAUGGCUCAUCAUUACUGAGUAGCUCUGUGCCUCCCGGAGAACCGCUGGAAAUUAAAGGUGCCAAGAAGCCUGGCCUUGUUACCAAAAAUGGACUUGUUCUUUUUGGUAACGAUGGAAAAGCUCUGAUGGUGAAAAGCUUGCAGUUUGAAGAUGGAAAAAUGAUUCCUGCCUCCCAAUACUUUUCAAGGGGUGAGACAUCAGUAGUAGAACUUACGGCUGAAGAGAUGAAGGUGGCAGAGACCAUCAAGGUCAUCUGGGCUGGAAUUUUAAGCAACAUCCCUGUUAUUGAAAACUCCACCGACUUCUUUAAAUCUGGAGCAAGAUCAAUGGACGUUGUGAGGCUGGUUGAAGAGAUCAGACAGAAAUGCAGUGGCCUUCAGUUACAGAACGAAGAUGUCUACAUGGCCACCAGGUUCGAAGACUUCAUCCAGAAGGUUGUGAGGAAGUUACAAGGAGAAGACCAAGAGGAGGAGCUUGUGGUGGAUUAUGUUGCAAAGGAGGUCAAUGAAAUGACAGUAAAAAUGCCAUAUCAGUGUUUCAUAAAUGGACAGUUCACCGAUGCAGAAGAUGGAAAGACUUACGACACCAUCAACCCAACAGAUGGGUCGACAAUAUGCAAAGUAUCCUAUGCCUCUUUGGUGGAUGUUGACAAAGCAGUGGCCGCGGCAAAGGAUGCCUUUGAAAACGGCGAAUGGGGAAGAAUGAACGCCAGAGAAAGAGGAAGGCUGAUGUACAGACUUGCAGACCUACUGGAAGAAAACCAAGAAGAGCUAGCAACCAUCGAAGCCCUUGACUCCGGGGCUGUCUACACCUUGGCUCUGAAGACUCACAUUGGAAUGUCUGUGCAAACGUUCAGAUACUUUGCCGGCUGGUGUGACAAAAUUCAGGGCUCCACGAUCCCCAUCAACCAGGCCCGUCCAAGUCGCAACCUGUCCUUCACCAAGAAGGAGCCGCUGGGGGUCUGUGCCAUCAUCAUCCCCUGGAAUUACCCGCUCAUGAUGCUGGCCUGGAAGAGCGCCGCCUGCCUGGCCGCCGGCAACACCUUAGUGCUCAAGCCCGCGCAGGUCACGCCCUUGACCGCCCUGAAGUUUGCAGAGCUCUCGGUGAAGGCAGGCUUUCCCAAGGGGGUCAUCAACAUCAUUCCAGGCUCAGGUGGGGUAGCAGGACAACGUCUUUCUGAGCACCCUGAUAUCCGCAAACUUGGGUUCACUGGCUCCACCUCUAUUGGCAAACAGAUCAUGAAGAGCUGUGCGGUAAGCAACCUGAAGAAAGUAUCCCUUGAGCUCGGCGGCAAGUCCCCACUUAUAAUCUUCAAUGACUGUGAACUUGACAAGGCCGUGCGAAUGGGCAUGAGCGCCGUGUUCUUCAACAAAGGAGAGAACUGUAUUGCCGCUGGGCGACUGUUUGUGGAAGAAUCCAUCCACGAUGAAUUUGUGACCAAAGUGGUGGAAGAAAUUAAAAAGAUGAAAAUUGGUGACCCACUUGACAGAUCUACUGAUCAUGGGCCCCAAAAUCAUAAGGCCCACUUGGAAAAGCUGCUGCAAUACUGUGAAGCUGGAGUGAAGGAGGGGGCCACCUUGGUGUACGGGGGAAGACAAGUCCAAAGGCCAGGUUUUUUUAUGGAACCAACUGUGUUCACAGACGUGGAAGACCACAUGUACCUUGCCAAAGAGGAAUCCUUUGGGCCUAUAAUGGUCAUUUCUAAAUUCCAAAAUGGGGACAUCGACGGUGUCCUGCAGAGAGCCAACAACACAGAGUACGGCUUGGCCUCCGGGGUUUUCACAAGAGACAUCAACAAAGCCAUGUACGUGAGUGACAAACUCGAGGCGGGGACCGUGUUUAUCAACACGUACAACAAGACAGACGUGGCAGCCCCGUUUGGUGGAGUGAAACAGUCCGGCUUCGGGAAAGACUUAGGUGAGGAAGCUCUAAACGAAUACCUCAAAACCAAAACGGUGACUCUGGAGUAUUAGAACAACGCCAUCAUCAUCAGGAAACCCGGGACAGGCGGCCCCACUUCUCAACUCCGGACGCUGGAGAAGCCUGGUGUGCUGAAGAAGGCAGACCAGCCGGCAGCCAAAACCUGUGCACAUGGACCAUGAGAGGGUCAGGCCACUUGUCUGGGCAUUUACAUACGUGCCUGAGUAUUUUCUAAUACACCUUUUAUACCUUAAAAUGACUGGCAAGUGUUGGGUUUUGACAAUGUUAUGUAUCAUACAUAUUUCUAAAAUAUCAAGGUCAUUUUCUGUUCUAAAACUAAUCUAUCCGUGGCUGUCCAUCUUGAAAACAUCAAUAUCAAGCAGCUAUAAGAUAUAAGGUGCAUUUAUUAGAAUCUGUGUGUACAGGUUUUAACUCCUGAAGCAAACCUAUGGGAUACUAAAAAGAUUUUCUAUAAUUUUGCUUUCAAGGAACAGUAGAUCCUAAAAAGAAUGUGAAGGGAAUUUCUUUUCUUUUCAUAUUUGGAGUGAGAUCCUUCUUUGUGUCUUUGAUGUUCUCUUUUUCAAUCCACUGUGAGGGUGAUCAGCCCAAAACAUUUCCUGGGGGAUCCACCUAGUCGAUACGACAUGGGAUUACAACUCUAUUAUGUUCUGAGGCAUACACAAAAUUUAAUAAUGUGGUCUUUGACCUCACGUGGCUUACAUUUUACUAAAUAGCCUACAAAGUGACUUUUAUAAUAAGACAGAGUGGAAAGUAACAGGCUUUGAAGGCCGAUCUUGAUUCAUAUCACACCAUCUUACUAUCUUUAGGAAACUGACACAACAUCUCUGAGCCUCAGUUUCCUUAUGUGUAAAACAGGGAUAGCAAUGCCUUCCGCAGGGCCCCUAUGAUGAGGAUUUGAUGGGACAAUAUAAGAAAAGCACAGCUGGGCAUGGUGGACACACCUGUCAUCCCAACUGCCCGGGAGGCUGAGGCAGGAGCAUCACAAAUUCCAGACCAGCCUCAGCAACGUAGUGAAACCCUGUCUCAAAAUGUCAGGCUUGUGGAGGCUGCUGGGGGAGAAGACCAGUCCAAUGUGUGAGGCCCUGCUCAGUCCCUGCACUGGGGGGAGGAGAGGAGCACCUUGUGUUGUGUGCUGCUCAGAGUAAAUACUAAGGUCAGCUGUUGCCCUCUACCACUGUUUUAGGAUGACACUGAGAGGUUAAUUAACUAGAGGUUAAUUAAUUGGUUCCCCACAACCUUUUCCAGUAAUCAUCAAUUCUCUGACUACUUUUCUCAUCUAUUAUCCUAACAAGUGCCUGAUACAGCAGAACAGUGGCGAUGCUACCAGGGAAAGUCACUUUCCUUCCAGUGGCUUCCUUGUCUGUCACAGGACACCUUCCUUUCCACUUUUCUACUGACUAGUUCUGCUGCUCGCUGGCUGUGUGCCCCUGAGAAAGUCAGCUAUCAACCUGCCCCAGUCUAGGUCUGGUAUCUAAAAGAGGAGAUGAAUCCCCAUCUCCAGGGGUAUGGCAAGGAUUCAGUUACGUAUACAACACGCUGAACAAGUGGUGUACCACAGUGCUCAAGAAACGGCAGCCACCACGGCCCACAACGUACUCACAUAAUUUCCCACUUCAGUCAAAAGUAGUCACGUUAUGACCUAACGGGUCAAGAGGGGACCUCCUGAAUCACAGAAGUCAAUUAACUUCUAUUAAUCCUCCUUCUGAAUUACAAUUUCAGUGAACAUGCCUAUCUCUUAGGCUUUGAAGAAGCCAUUACUUAUUAUUUAGGAGACUAGAGGAAGGAAAUGUAAGGCAUCCAUAAACAGCAACAAAAACAGAGGCAGAAACACUUUCAAAGGGAAGGAUACCCGUUUGAUGCUGCCAUGAUCAACAGAGCAACUGUGGCCUGUAGGUAUUUUAAAUUAUACUAGAGUCCAUUUGCCAUCAGAAAUUCGGUCAGAAUGAACAUUGGGCCCAAAAUGACAGUGCAAAUUUGAAUAAAAUGACAAAGGCACUAUGAUAAGCAACCACUUUUAUUGUCUGUUUGUUUCCUUUGCUGAGACAGGGACUCCUGAAGUUGUCCAGACUGGCCUUGAACCCCAGAUCCUCUUGCCUCUGCCUCCCGAGUAGCCAGGAUUACAGCAUGCACCACCACACCUGGAAAGUGACCACUUCUCUAUGAAGUGUUUUAACCGAUUUCAUGUGAUUUGGAGUAUCACUUUUUCAAAUUAUUUUAAUAAUAGAAUGGUAGACAAAAAUAUACCUAUUCUUCUGAACAGAUUUUAUUCUCUAAUUAGCAUUAAUCUCAGUAGCAGUGUUACUGAUCCCAAGCUUCUCUGAGAAUCUGAUAAAGCUAGAUCCCUCUGUCCCACUUCUACCCUCAAAUUCAUGUGCACACACAUCAUUCUGCAAGUAUCCUCAAGGGAUUCACAGAUCUCCCAGAGGCUACAAAUGGGCCCCAGAUUAACAGCUUCUGUCUUCGUAACAAGUUCUAUAAAGUUCUUAUGAGCUUGAGUUUCUAUAUCUGAGUGCUUAUCAUAGUCACAGGCUCCAAUAAAAUUAGUAAAUGAAUUUAAAUUAAACACAAUGAUCUACAGUGAGUUAGGAGGCUUAAUUAACACAUUGGGUAAUUAAAUCAUCAUUGCUCCUUCAAAUCACCAGUUAUCUGGCUAAGCCAGAGGAUAAAGCUAUGAUCUGAUGAACUCCUGAACUGCGAGGGUGGACACCAAGCCCUUCUAUUUUCCUCUGACCCCCGUCCUCAGGUCUUUGUGAAGGCGUCUCCCUUGGCUGACUCCCUUCUAGGCCUUUCCUCCCCGCUGCCCGGCUCGCUAGGCUUCCACUUAAACUCAGCAUUCAUCACCUGGUACGGGAGGUGUGUGCCUGCCCACUAGAUGUGCGGCAUUCCAGGGUUGGCAUUCUGUCACCUGCCAAGGGCCUGCUGUGUGUCUGACGUCAUGCCAAGCACCCUGGAGACCUCUCUUCACCAUCGCACUAUCUGAAGAAAUAAACUGAGGUGCUCUUCUCACGACCUCCACCAUCACCAACUGCCACCCUCUCACACCCAGACCAUUGUCAAAGUCUCCCAGCGGCUCCUCCUCAAGCUUAAGUCGGAUGGUGUUGCCCCUCUGCCCGAGUUUUGCUUACAAUAACUCAGUCCAGCGUAUUCAUCAUGGCCCGUCCACCUCGAUUCUGGCCAGUUUUCCCACCCAUCGCUGUCCCUUUCCCUCUUGUUCUGAUCUGCCCUGAUGUUCCUCAAACACAAUAAACAUGCUUCCAUCUCGGGGCCUUUGGACUUCCUGUUCCCUUCUCCCAUCUAACAGACGUCUUUCUGGGCUGGGGCAGGAACCCUGAUUUGUAGCAUUUGCAGGCAUCUUUAGGGCAGAUUUCAAGCUACCAAUCAGACUUCUCUGAACAUGGAGUCGGGAAGAGAUCCACUUGGUCAACAACUGAGCGUGGGCACCAGCAGAGCAUCACCUCUUCCUCCAACCCUCCCACACAGCCUCAGGGCUCCCUGACUUCUUUCAGGUCUCUCCUCAAAUAUCGUCCUAUUCCGGACACAUUCCCAGGCUACUCUUCCUUAAAUAGCACAUGACUUUCCACUCAUACCUUCUUUAUGUUUUCAUAGUACUUAUCGCUGUCUGGCAUGUAUUUACCAUUGAUAUGUUCCCAUUAGAGUAUAAGCUUUGUGUUUUGUUCAAUACUGUUUCUCCUAAAAUGUAGGAGACGCUCAAUAAAUAUUUGCUUUCAAAGGAGAAGUUAGUAAUCUGCCCAAUCUGCCCAAUUGAGUGUUCCAGCAACGAGGCUGGUGGUCUUAAUGAAGCUGAGAUAAUUUUUAUUCCCGACGCCUAAAUCAGGACCUGGGUAGGAAAUAGUUGGUACACACUAAGCAUUUCUCAAUUAAAAAAAUAAAAAUUAAAAAAAAAAAA